UGCUCCCCUCCUCUCCCCUCUGCUGGAAUGAGAGCUUGAGGAUUAAGGAGCCGGGCGGCUGGACCAGACGAACACAGGAUUGAAAUUGGGAUUGGAGGGCUCGGGCAGGACUGGAUUAUUGUUGGACUGCAGGAAACGGGCAGUUUGUGCUGGGAUUGGUGACACGGAUUGUCUUGUGGACUCUAUGAAACAAGUGGCAGUGAGAAACAAACGUGGUUUUCAGCGGCACUGGGAGCACAGGGACUAUUGAGACUGGUUGUGAAGCUACUCAGCUGCAGACAGACCAACGCUUUCUCUGUGCCUGAUGACCUCAGUCCAGAGGAGAGAAAGGAGCUGGAAAGCAUCCGCCGCAGGAAAGAGGAGCUACUGCACGACAUACAGAGGCUGAAGGAUGAGAUAGCAGAGGUGACCAAUGAGAUUGAAAGCCUGGGCCAGAGUGAAGAGAGGAAAAGCAUGCAGAGGAAUAAACAGAUGGCCAUGGGCCGAAAGAAGUUCAACAUGGACCCGAAGAAGGGGAUUCGUUUCUUGAUUGACAGCUCCCUUUUGAAAAACACCAGCGAUGACAUCGCCCAGUUUCUCUACAAGGGGGAGGGGCUUAAUAAGACCGCUAUUGGAGACUACCUAGGGGAGAGAGAUGACUUUAACAUCGAGGUCCUGCACGCCUUCCUGGAGCUGCACGAGUUCUCAGACCUGAACCUGGUGCAGGCCCUCAGACAGUUCCUGUGGAGCUUCAGACUGCCCGGCGAGGCUCAGAAGAUCGACCGCAUGAUGGAGGCGUUCGCCCUCAGAUACUGCCGCUGUAACCCCGGAGUGUUCCAGAGCACAGAUACCUGUUACGUGUUGUCUUUCGCUGUGAUCAUGUUGAACACCAGUCUACACAACCCCAACGUGAAGGACAAGCCCUCGGUCCAGAGGUUCACGGCCAUGAACAGAGGCAUCAAUGAUGGAGGAGACCUGCCGGAGGAGCUGCUCAGGAACUUGUUCGACAGCAUCAAGAACGAACCCUUUAAGAUCCCAGAGGAUGAUGGGAACGACCUCACACACACCUUCUUCAACCCCGACCGAGAAGGAUGGCUGCUCAAGCUCGGAGGGGGACGAGUUAAGACCUGGAAGAGACGCUGGUUCAUUCUCACAGAUAACUGCCUCUACUACUUUGAGUACACGACUGAUAAAGAACCCAGAGGAAUUAUUCCACUGGAGAAUCUGAGCAUCAGAGAAGUCGAUGACUCCAAGAAACCGAACUGCUUCGAGCUGUUCGUCUCCGACCACAGAGAUCAGGUGAUCAAAGCCUGCAAGACGGAGGCAGACGGCCGCGUGGUGGAGGGAAACCACACUUUCUACAGGAUCUCCGCCCCGACCGCAGAGGAGAAGGACGAGUGGAUCAACAGCAUCAAAGCCGCCAUCAGCAAAGACCCGUUCUACGAGAUGCUGGCUGCCCGGAAAAAGAAAGUGUCGUCUCUGAAAGGGCUGUAGCGCUGUGAGGAUGAAACACUGUGGACCUGAUACUCGUCCUCCUGUUGCAGGGACAUUUGGACCUGACGGAGAGAAGUUUGCUUUUAAAGCUCUUCCUCUGUCCCCUUCAGUACCGACACCUCUCUCUCUCCAGGUUUGACCUUUUGUUUAAAGUUUCUCUCCCCAUCUAGGAAGGACAGUGGUAGACCUCUGUCUUUAUCUUCCUUUUGGACCCUUCUGCAGUGCUGUACCCCCUUUAUACACUGUGGUACAGCAAGGCUCUACUACAGAGGCACUAAGAACAUUAUAUGUUAGGAAGUUAAAUAUCAAAAUGGGUGAGGGUGUAAUAUUCAGAGAAAAACAUAAUUUGGAAGGAAAAAGCUAGGAAGUUCUGUCUGUCUGAGAAAAAACAAGCAAACAUUUAUGUUAUGAGAUUAUCAAGCAUAACAUUUAAGCGGAAACAAAUCUGGAAUUUCUCCGUGAUAAUAUGGUAAAUCUGGGUUGUGAUCACAAGUACUUCUUAUUGCAAGUUAAUAUUACUACAGGUCAAUGACAGAAUAUGGCAAGCUGGGGCGUAUUGCUGUGAUGAUCCAGCAUGCUAAGUGAAGCGAUGUGGUUCCCUUAAAAACAACCCGCAAUUUUCGGUGUUAAAUAACCCUUCUCCUAAUAGAAGCUAAUAACCUACAAUGGCGCUGAUAAGCCGUUGUUCUCCACAGCUCUACGAGGAGAUGUUCUCGGUCAGAAUGAAACUUUAAUUCAUUUUGUUUUAGUUGAACACGAGGGGGAUUGGGCACCUACUGUUUUUUGAUAAAAGCCUUUCUCCACCUUGUGAAAGUUGCAGCACAUUUCAACACAAGGAUGGGGAUCAGAUGAAGGAAUCACAUGGCACAAUAAUGUGAUUCAGAGCAGCUUUCGGAGAGUCUGAAGUUUGAGGUCUUGGAUUCAAUUUCUCUUACAAUAUAGAAAUCACAUGGAAAACAAAUGUUGUCAUCUCGUUUGGGAUGCUGGACUUUAUUGUACAAAAUGCUCUUUUCUAAAUCAGUUUUCUUACUGCUGUUGGUCACAUGUCAAAGCACUGUUAAUGAAAGUGAUGCAUAAAUAGCUAAAUAUUUAUUUAUCCAGAUUUCUUGUAACUUAUUAUUUUGAGAUUUGUCUCAUUAAAAGUCUGAAAAACCAA